AUGCAGAAAACAGACGGCAUCAGAAUUCCAGGCGUUAUUUUGGACGAGUUAAAGACUCUCGACUACAGUCAGGAUGAUAGGUUUUCCAUUGCAGAAGGAAGAAAGAGAAAACGAGGGAAUGGCAAACAUUUGGGCCGUAAAGAAAAGAGAAGGAUGGAACGGGCUGAAAAGAAGCGUAAAAGUACUACAACUAGAGAGGCAAAAUUGAAUCAAUUAAAAUCAACAUCAGCAUCUAAUAAAUGGAGUGUGAAUUUGGGUAAAAAGAAAGUAGUCACGCAUGCCAACGGUAGACACCUAAUCUCUUCAGAUGAAUCUGAAACUAAUGAAAACUGGGAUAACUACGAAGAAUUCACCAGUGGAGAAUCGAAAAUUGAUAGCGAGCAAACAAUGUCUGUCGAAGAAACAAUGAAGAAACUCAAACAACUGAAACGGGAGAAAAAGAGCGAUGAAAGAGCAGAAAAGCCAGGAAAAAUCAAGGCUAACGCAAGUAAAAGGAAGCAUACUCCUAAUAAAGACACUAAUGAGAGUUUUGUUAGUUAUCCAUUGGCCCCUUCGGACAGGUCGGCACUUGAAAGAGACGAGAUGGAUAUGCAAUACUAUGCGAAAAAGUUAGGCUUGAAAGGGGAAAGGAAGGCUAUACACGCAAAAGAUGAAUUUGAUGCUAUCGGUGGACUUCUAGAAGGUUUGGAAUAUUUCGAGGAUUAUGGUAAAAGCGAUGAAGAGUAUGGUGAUUUUGCCACAGAAACCAAUGCCAUAAAUCCAGAUGAUGCAGUAAGUGAAAAAGCAUUUUCCUCAGAUGAUGAUCUUUCAACUUCUGAUUUUGAAAACUCUGGUGAGUCUGAUGACUCUGAUGGCGACAGCAUUAUGGAUUCGGAUUACGACGAAACAAGAGAAAAGGAGAAUCCUUAUAUAGCUCCAACACAAAGUGAACGGAAUUAUGUUCCACCAUCACUAAGAAAUAAAUUAGAUGAUAGUGGGAACAGUGCCGUUUUGGCUGAAAUUAGGAAGAAGGUUAACUCGUCGCUGAACAAGCUUUCAGAUUCUAACAUUACAAUUAUUAUCACUACUUUGAACAGUUUGUAUGAUUCCUUUCCUAGGCAAUAUGUUACAGAAUCGUUAAGCAAAGGAAUAUUGAACAUUAUUAGCCAAAACCAGAAGCUAUUAGAUGGGUUUAUAAUGAAUUAUGCCGCAGUUGCAUACACAUUAUCGAAACUAAGAGGUGUUGAGAUGGGUGCUUUUUUUAUUCAGAAAACUGUAGAAGCAUUUUUGCAACAUUACGAAGAGGAAAAGGAUAACAUUUUAAACAAUCAACAAGAUAAAUUCAUCUCCAAAAUAUGUAGCAAUAUUGCAACCCUGCUAUCAUAUUGUUAUAAUUUUGGAUUUGUUUCAUGUCGACUAAUAUAUGAUAUUAUUCGUAUAUUUGUAUCAGAUCCUAACGAAUUUACCACUGAGUUACUUCUACGAGUUGUCUCUGUUUCAGGCCCACUAAUCCGUGGUGAUGAUCCAUCUGCAUUGCGAGAUAUACGGUCGGAGCUGUUGAAGAAUGCCAACAAUUUGAAAGAACAGAGUCCAAGAUUGAGAUUCUUACUGGAUACCAUGUCUGACUUGAAAAACAACAGAUUGAAACCCUCUAUUUUGGCGACAGAUCAUCAUGCAUUGAAAAAGAACUUGCAAACUAUUUUAAAAUCAUCUUCUUCUCAAGAGCCUUUACAGGUUUCCCUCGACGAUAUCAAGAACAUUAGCACAAAAGGAAAAUGGUGGUUGGUUGGCGCUUCUUGGCGAGGAAACAUGGAAAACGCUUUUGAGGUCCCAAGUGACAAUGAAGGUGAUACCAGUAAAUCCAAGAAAGCGAAAAUAUUAAUUGAAGAUGAUCUUCUUGAUGAUAUUCCAGACUGGAAUAUUAUCGCCAGGCAACAGCGCAUGAAUACUGAUAUUCGAAGAGCUAUAUUUAUAAGCAUUAUGUCCGCACAAGACUAUUUAGAUGCAUUUAGCAAACUUGAAAAGUUAAGCUUGAAGAAUAAGCAAGUGCUUGAAAUUCCAAGAAUUAUUUUACAUUGUCUUUUAGCUGAUAGUGGAUCCAAUGGCUAUAAUCAUUACUACGCAUUAGUCACAAGUAAAAUCUGUGAAAGGUAUGGUAAUUUAUCAAAAUCCUUUCAGUUCCUGUUUUGGGAUGUGAUAAAAAAGUUUGAACAUAAAGAAUCCGAUUCUGAAAGUGAUGCUGAUGAGGAAGAUGAGUUAGAUGAUGAUAAGGAACUGGCUAGAAUCUCCAAUCAGGGGAGGUUUUUCGGAUCGUUACUUGCGAAUGAUAUUUUAAAAUUGGAUGUCUUUAAGCAUGUUCCAUUCAUGGGUGGGCUAAACACUGAAGGGAUGUUAUUUAUGGAGGUACUUUUAUAUCAGUUAUUUUUGGCCGUAGCUAAAAAGAGUGAGAGAAAACUCAAGAAGGAUGGAAAAGGAAACAGGCGUGUAAUCUAUUCUGAUGACUCAUUGCGAGAUCUUUUAACAAAAAACGUUAAAUCAGAAAAUACCUUAUUUAUUCUAAAAGGUUUAAGGUGGUUCAUUAACAAGAAAUUCAGGUAUCAUAAUUUUCUUUCUGGAAAAAAAGGUGAUAAAACUUUUGAUAGAGAUGAAAGAAGAUUGGCGUGGGCUUCACAGGCUGCCAAUUCCAUUAUAGGUGGAGAGUUGGAAAAUAUAGAUUCGUAA